AUGACUUCACUUGCAACGCUCUCGGCGCGUGUGACGGGUUUUAAACACCACUCAUCGUUUCACACUUAUACGACAGUUGUGACACUAGAUGGCGUCUCCUGGACGCUUGCUAUUCGUUAUAGCAAGUUCUUAGCUUUCUACGAACAGCUCAGAGCAGCGGAUCGGAGAUUUAAGUUUAAUUUUCCACCUAAACGUGGCUUUUUCUUUGCACCCAAGCCGGAGGACCGUCAACCGAGACUAGACGCGUUCAUGCAAGCCGUGACUGCGUUCAAUUUAAAGAAAAAGCAGCCUAGAACCAUGACCAAACUUCUGCGCGAGUUUCUACAGGUAGAAAAGAAGCUGAGAGAGGCCAAGAAGGCGCAGAAGGCUAAGGAGGAGGAGGAGCAGACGGCGAGCGACGAAAGUGCUAACGAAGAAUCAUCGAUGGAAGUGCCUAAGCUCAAGAAGGAGCAGAAGAAGGCUGGGCUCAUGGAAAAGGCUCAGGAGGGCAAGGUGGCGCUUGUCGAUGUUGCAUCGGGGACAGCAGUGGUGUCUACUGUUAAGGAUAAUACCACGAAGACGAUGGACGAGGAGAACAAGACAAAGGUCGAAGAGAUCGAGGUGGGGCCACAAAUUGAAGAGGUGAAGGUGGACAAAGCUGCAGAAAACGAGGAUGUGAAGGCGGAGGUUGAAGUUGAGCAGAAGGUGGAGAAGGUUGCAGCAAACGAGGAUGUGAAGGUGGAGGUUGAAGUCGAGCAGAAGGUGGAGAAGGUUGCAGCUAACGAGGAUGUGAAGGUGGAGGGUGAAGUCCAGCAGAAGGUGGCGAAGGUUGCAGCGAACGAGGAUGUGAAGGCGGAGGGUGAAGUUGAGCAGAAGGUGGAGAAGGUUGCAGCGAACGAGGAUGUGAAGGUGGAGGUUGAAGUCGAGCAGAAGGUGGAGAAGGUUGCAGCGAACGAGGAUGUGAAGGCGGAGGGUGAAGUUGAGCAGAAGGUGAAGAAGGUUGCAGCGAACGAGGAUGUGAAGGCGGAAGGUGAAGUCGAGCAGAAGGUGGAGAAGGUUGCAGCGAACGAAAAUGUGAAGGCGGAGGGUGAAGUCGAGCAGAAGGUGGAGAAGGUUGCAGCGAACGAGGAUGUGAAGGCGGAGGUUGAAGUCGAGCAGAAGGUGGAGAAGGUUGCAGCAAACGAGGAUGUGAAGGCGGAGGUUGAAGUCGAGCAGAAGGUGGAGAAGGUUGCAGCUAACGAGGAUGUGAAGGUGGAGGGUGAAGUCGAGCAGAAGGUGGCGAAGGUUGCAGCGAACGAGGAUGUGAAGGCGGAGGGUGAAGUCGAGCAGAAGGUGGAGAAGGUUGCAGCGAACGAGGAUGUGAAGGCGGAGGUUGAAGUUAAGCAGAAGGUGGAGGAUGGAAGCGAGCAAACAAAGAAGGAGGUGGUGAUUGAGGAGCCCAAGGUUGGUGGUGCUUUGGUCGUGGAGGAAGCAACAGUCAUGAUUGAGGAGGUAGAGCCGUCUUUCACCACGACUACCACGACUACAACUACGACCACGAACGGAUCAACGGUUGUGGAGACGAAUGUGACGAGCCAGCCAACAGCGUCCAAGACUGUGGUGGGUAAGACGGUGACGGUCACGAGCAAUGCGGACAACACGCACUCGUUCAAGGUUGAGAUGACGGAGAAGAAGGCGUCCGUGGUAACGCUUUCGGCUGCUGCCAAGGAGAUAGUGGAAGCUGCGGAGCAGAAGCCUGAGGAGAUGGUGGAAACUGCGAAGCCGAUGCCCGAGGACAUGGUUGAACCUGCGAAGCCGAAGCCUGAGGAGAUGGCGGCUGCGGAGCAAAAGCUCAAAGAGAUAGUGAAGCCUGCUGAGCUAAAGCCGAAGGAGAAAAAACGCGGCCGUAGUAAAACAAGCAUUGUAAAGGCUCCACUUUCGUCGGUGUCGACAAUAAGUGAUGGCUUUGAGUCGCCUGAUGGCGUGGAGGAGGUGGGUCGCGCCUCAGAUCUUUCGGAAUCGCAGAAAAAGGCUCGUAACCAACGCAGAAAGGAAAAGCGGAAGAAAAACCAAAAGAAGGCUCGCUUCAGGAACUCGGUGGCGUAA